CUAAUUUUGUUGCUAAAUGUUUCUUAAACGGAAGCAAACUGAACGAAAACGAGGAAGGACCUAACUGAAUUAGUCCAAUAGAAACUCUCGUUUUCGUUGUAAAAACGCAACUGUUUACAACUGUGUGGACGAAUGAUUACACCACGGUCUCGUAAAGCAGGGGAUACGCGUUUGCACCGAUACAACUGAAGAGAAAGCAGUACCAAGUAUUAUCGUGCGUCGGAUCAGUGGAACAACAGCGAGCAAAUAGAACGGAAGUAAUGUACCAGCGACGUUCAACUAUUAGAUCAGCAGCUUGAUCAACUGUCUCCGGCGCUGGAUCCGCUACAUUAGGCCUGAUGGAGCUGGGCACUCGCCGAGCGCUGACCACUGAGGAACACCCGCCACACUCUGCCCCCCACUGCCAACCUUGAAGGGAGGGACCCUCUGCUUCUCCCCCCCCCCUAUCCCCUUCCCUUCUCCCCUCCUCCUCCUCUACUCCAACAUUACCUCCUCUGAUACACCUCCAUCCUCACCCCUCCGUGGUCCUGAGAUGGUGAUGAUGGGGAAGCUGAAGCAGAACCUGCUGGUGGCCUGUCUGGUCAUCAGCUCAGUCACAGUCUUCUACUUGGGUCGUCACGCCAUGGAGUGUCACCACCGCAUCGAGGAGCGCAGCAGCCAGCCUGGGGACCAAGGGGUUCCGGGGGGCCUUCAGGGGCCGGGAGGGGUCCUCCUGGGCGGCUCGUUGGGCUCCUCCGCCAUCCUGCGGGGCUCUGGUCCCGGGGCCCAUAACCUCUCCGCUCCAUUCGUCUACAACAAGGACAUGCCCCUAGUGUUCAUUGGAGGGGUUCCCAGGAGUGGGACCACGUUGAUGAGAGCCAUGCUGGACGCUCACCCCGAGAUUCGUUGUGGAGAGGAGACCAGGGUUAUUCCACGUAUCCUGGCCAUGAAACAGAUGUGGUCGCGGUCGGGGAGGGAGAAGAUGCGUCUGGACGAGGCCGGGGUGACGGACGAGGUCCUGGACGCCGCCAUGCAGGCCUUCCUCCUAGAGGUCAUCGUGAAGCACGGCGAACCCGCCAACUUCCUCUGUAACAAGGACCCCUUCGCUCUGAAGUCCCUCUCCUACCUGGCUAAGAUCUUCCCGCACGCCAAGUUCGUGCUCAUGAUCCGGGACGGACGCGCCUCGGUCCAUUCGAUGAUCUCCCGUAAGGUGACGAUCGCUGGCUUUGACCUGGGCAGCUACAGAGACUGCCUGACCAAGUGGAACAGGGCCAUAGAGACCAUGUACACUCAGUGCCUGGAUGCCUCAGACAAGUGCCUGCCGGUGCAUUAUGAACAGCUGGUGCUCCAUCCAGAGAAGUGGAUGAGGACGCUGCUCAAAUUCCUGGACAUUCCCUGGAACGAGGCGGUGCUUCACCAUGAGGAACUCAUAGGGAAAGCAGGAGGUGUUUCCCUCUCCAAGGUGGAGAGGUCUACAGACCAGGUGAUCAAGCCGGUCAACGUGGAGGCCUUAUCCAAGUGGGUGGGCAAGAUCCCUGCGGACGUACUGAGAGACAUGCCCGUCAUCGCCCCCAUGUUGUCCCGUCUGGGGUACGACCCCCACGCCAACCCUCCUAACUACGGCCGGCCAGACCCCAAGGUCCUUGACAACACCAGGAGGGUCUUUAAAGGUGAAUUUCAGCUACCUGAGUUUCUAAGAGAACAAUCUCAGCUUCAGAAGACUCCAGAGAAACCUAACCCGCCACAGGUGGAGCCAGACUAGGCAGCGAUGGACUGAGGAAGAUAUCCAAUAAACUCAACAUCAUCUUUUGGGGACCUUCGUGCUCUUCCAUGGACACGACUUGAUAUAACCGUUUUACACACACACACACACACACACACACACACACACACACACACACACACACACACACACACACACACACACACACACACACACACACACACACACACACACACACACACACACACACACACACACACACACACACACACACACACACACACACACACGUUAGCCUGUGUCAGUGGGGACCGGACCACCUUGGCUUGGAGAACUCUUUGGCCUUCGAUGUUGUACUGUAAACUAAUGAUGUGUUUUGUCACUAAAAUGGUGACCAGAGAAUGUUGAUGUUAUGUGUCUUUCUUGCCUAGGGCUGCAAAAUUCUGGAAAAUUUCAAAAGAUUCCUAGAUUUUUCCAGAAGAUUCCAGAGUUCAGCAAGAAAUCUGUAAUCCUACAACUAGGAUUUCUGGAAAACAUUUUGAAAUUUGAGGGAAAGUUUGCAGAAUUUUGCAACACUAUUCUUGUCACACCAUGCUCAUCUGGAUUUCUAGUUUUUCCUGGUUUUCUUCUGGCUAUAUAAAAAAAAAUCUGUGAUUCUGUUGUAAGAAACUACAGUGGACUUUAAAUGUAAAUCUAAAAAAAAAAAGUACAGUAUUUAUAGAUGAAAUUUAGCUUUUUGAAGAUGCUAUAUCUAUUUUAAUGUUUCAUUUUGUUUUUACAUGCCUUUUGUAUCGUACAAUUCCAUGGGUACUGUGAUGUACAAGAUCCUAGUUAAGUAUUGACAGUGAUAAAGAUAGCAUUUUGUUUACGUUUUUUUUUUUUUUUUUUUUACGGAGAUGGUAUGAUGAAUUAUGAAAAGAGGGUGGUAAAUGGCAAUGAAGGGAGAAAUGAAGGGAGAAAAAAAAGUGUUUCAGCUGAGGAAGACAGGGGAAAAUCCAAAUUUGACAACUUGACAGUUCCUAAGACUGAAAGUAGGCUAUGGGUCAGAGGGGAGAAUGGAAUCCAUAUUUCAGUACAAACGUCACCUAAACUUUAGCCCAUAGCUAGCUUAAACUCAAUAACGUGAUUGGUGCAACCGUGUUCAUCCAAGCAGGGGGGAUGAGAAAGCACUCAGCGUCUCAUCGUAUAUUAUUCACAGAGCAUGUAGUUAUGGCUCUUGUCAUGAAUUAGUUCACUAUAAAACAGAGGCCAAAACUUUAGGAACACCUUCCUAAUAUUGAGUUGCAAACCCUUUUUUUUUUUGUUGCUCUCGGGUCAUGGACUUGAAAACGUUCCGCAGGGAUGCUGGUCCAUGUUGGCUGAAGGUCCAUGUUGGCUGAAGGUCCAUGCUGGCUGAAGGUCCAUGCUGGCAGCAGGUCCAUGCUGGCAGCAGGUCCAUGCUGGCUGAAGGGUCCAUGCUGGCUGAAGGUUCCAUGCUGGCAGAAUGUCCAUGCUGGCUGAAGGGUCCAUGCUGGCUGAAGGGUCCAUGCUGGCUGAAGGUUCCAUGCUGGCAGAAGGUUCCAUGCUGGCAGAAGGGUCCAUGUUGGCUGAAGGUCCAUGCUGGCAGAAGGUUCCAUGCUGGCUGAAGGUUCCAUGCUGGCAGAAGGUUCCAUGCUGGCAGAAGGUUCCAUGCUGGCAGAAGGUUCCAUGCUGGCUGAAGGUUCCAUGCUGGCUGAAGGUUCCAUGCUGGCUGAAGGUUCCAUGCUGGCUGAAGGUUCCAUGCUGGCUGAAGGUUCCAUGCUGGCUGAAGGUUCCAUGCUGGCAGAAGGUUCCAUGCUGGCUGAAGGUUCCAUGCUGGCUGAAGGUUCCAUGCUGGCUGAAGGUUCCAUGCUGGCUGAAGGUUCCAUGCUGGCUGAAGGUUCCAUGCUGGCUGAAGGUUCCAUGCUGGCUGAAGGGUCCAUGCUGGCUGAAGGGUCCAUGCUGGCUGAAGGUCCAUUAGGUGGUGGACCAUUCUUGAUCCUCAGAGGAAACUGUUGAGCGUGGAAAAACCCAGCAGCGUUGCAGUUCUUGACACACUCAAAACCGGUGCGCCACCAGGCACCUACUACCGUACCCCGUUUCAAAGACGCUUAAAAAUGUUGUCUUGCCCCAUUCACCCUCUGAAUGGCACACAAAUACACAAUCCAUGUCUCAAGGCUGAAAAAUCCUUCGUUAACCCCGUCUCCUCCCCCUUUCAUCUGCACUGAAGUGGAUUUAACACGUGACAUCAAUAAGGGUUCAUAGACUGACCAGGUGAAUGUCAUGGAAAGAGGUGUUCUUAAUGUUUUGUACGGUCAGUGUAUAUAUGGAACGGGGGGGGGGGUGCUGGUUGGGACGUAACCUGAAUGUUGAAAAUGAGUUACGAUGAGCCACCUCCAGUAAUUAAAAUCUUUUAAUAAUAAGGAACAAUGUUUUUUUUAUUUUUAUAGUAAUACACAUUACAUUCAAUGCAAACAAUGCAUCCUUUUUCACAUACAAUACACUCUGCAAUUCAAACGUUGGGCUUUUUUUCAAAACAUAAUUUUGAACUGAAAUUGUAUUUUGUAAAUUCAACAGAAGUGAGAGAACAGAAGUCAACAAAAUGUUCCACACGUUGAGUUAUAUAUCUCUUAAAAACAAAACAACAUUAAAAUCCACUAUAUGUCCUGAUAUACUGUCCUCAUUAGAAAUAUUGGACUUUUUUUAUUUUUGUUAUAUUUAAUUUACAUCGGUCAGUAUAGACUUCAGAGAUUCUCAAAACAACAGAAAUUGCACAGUAGUUAUAAUUAAACUUCUUGUUUUAAAACAUUUUAGACACCUAGUAAACAGUCUGAGAUACGGUAUGAAAAUGCACAUCUUACCACAGACGGGAUGUUUCCAGUCUUUGGUACUCAUUAUCUUGAUUGGAAGAAAAUAGCUCUCUCUCCAAUCUAGCCUGGUUCAACCAGACUGAAACACUGUGCACACCAUUGUGACAAUGGUGAAACAUCACAGAAUCAGGUUUGGAUUCCAGGCUACUAAACUUUCCCCCCCCACACUUCAAUCAGAAACUACCACAUGUAGUUGAGGGGCUCCCGAAUGGCGCAGCGGUCUAAGGUACUGCUUCUCAGUGCUAGAGGUGUCACUACAGUCCCUGGUUCGAUUCCAGGCUGUAUCACAACCGGCUGUGAUUGAGAGUCUCAUAUGGCGGCGCGCGUCGUCCGGGUUCGGGUUCGGCCGGGGCCACCAUUGUCAAUAAUUUGUCCUUAACUGACUUGCCUUGUUUAAAUAAAGGUUACUAUUUUUUAUUUUUUACUUAGUGACAUCUACUUAAACCAUGAGAGAUAUCUAAUUUAACUGUGAGUGUUCAAAAAGAACCCUAUUCUCUUGAUCAGUGGUUCUCAAAAAGGGAUACUUGGCCUGUCCACAGAGUGUACAGUUGUGAAGACUCAUGAGCCUGUAGGCUUCCUGAUCAAAUGCACAUAAAGGUGGUACUUCAGAGGUACUCUGGGCAGAACCAAAUGGACUUGGUGGUACAGUAUUGGAAAACGUUUUGAGAACCACUGCACAGGUCCCUUGUCAAGAGUAGUGCACUAUAUAGGGAAUAGGGUUCUAUAGGGCCCUGGUCUAAAGUAGUGCACUAUAUAUAUAGGGGAUAGGGUUCUAUAGGGUCCUGGUCUAAAGUAGUGAACUAUAUAUAGGGAAUAGGGUUAUAUAGGGCCCUGGUCUAAAGUAGUGCACUAUAUAUAGGGAAUAGGGUUCUAUAGGGCCCUGGUCUAAAGUAGUGCACUAUAUAUAGGGAAUAGGGUUCUAUAGGGUCCUGGUCUAAAGUAGUGCACUAUAUAUAGGGAAUAGGGUUCUAUAGGGUCCUGGUCUAAAGUAGUGCACUAUAUAUAGGGAAUAGGGUUCUAUAGGGCCCUGGUCUAAAGUAGUGCACUAUAUAUAGGGAAUAGGGUUCUAUAGGGCCCUGGUCUAAAGUAGUGCACUAUAUAUAGGGAAUAGGGUUCUAUAGGGCCCUGGUCUAAAGUAGUGCACUAUAUAGGGAAUAGGGUUCUAUAGGGCCCUGGUUUAAAGUAGUGCACUAUAUAUAGGGAAUAGGGUUCUAUAGGGCCCUGGUCUAAAGUAGUGCACUAUAUAUAGGGAAUAGGGUUCUAUAGGGCCCUGGUCUAAAGUAGUGCACUAUACAUAGGGAAUAGGGUUCUAUAGGGUCCUGGUCUAAAGUUGUGCACUAUAUAGGGAAUAGGGUUCUAUAGGGUCCUGGUCUAAAGUAGUGCACUAUAUAUAGGGAAUAGGGUGCCAUUUGGGAGCAUUCCACUACAACACCUUCCUUCCAACUAUCGGCCUGUGAUGUGUACUCUCCAUACUGAAACGCUGAUUUCUCCACAACAUCUCAGGAUUGGGGAAGACUGGGCAGUGUGAUCACAGGGUCUUCUAUGGACCUCACCACUCCAUGGCAGCCAUUUUGGUAGUAAGAGUGCAGGUUAUUAUUGGGAGCCACUGGAGACUAGUAAGGAUGUACAGUUGAAGUUUACAUACACCUUAGCCAAAUGCAUUUAAACAGUUGCAGUUUUUUUCCCCCUGACAGUCAGUUAGGAUCACCACUUUAUUUUAAGAAUGUGAAAUGUCAGAAUAAUAGAGUGAUUUAUUUCAGCUUUUAUUUCUUUCAUCACAUUCCUAGUGGGUCAGAAGUUUACAUAUACUCAAUUAGUAUUUGGUAGCAUUGCCUUUAAAUUGUUUAACUUGGGUCAAAUGUUUUGGGUAGCCUUCCACAAACUUCCCACAAUAAGUUGGGUGAAUUUUGGCCCAUUCCUCCUGACAGAGCUGGUGUAACUGAGUCAGGUUUGUAGGCCUCCUUGCUCACACACGCUUUUGCAUUUCUUCUCACAAAUUUUUGAUGUCUUGAGAUGUUGCUUCAAUAAAUCCACAAAAUGUUCCUUCU